AUGGGACCAAAAAAAGAAACAAAAGAGGCUUCAGCUUCAGCCAAAAAGAAAGAUGCUCCAGCUGCUACGACAACAGCUACAGCUAGUGCCAAAAAAACUACUAAAACCGCGGGUAAUACAACAACUGCUACUAAAGUAGUUACAAAAGAACGUAAAGAAAAGGUUAAAUCAACGGCACUUAAAGCUAAACAACGAGUAGUUCGUGGAAAUCAGUUAACACGUAAACGUAAGAUACAUACAAAACCAACAUUUCGUCGUCCAUUUACACUCCGUUUACAACGUCAACCAAAAUAUCCACGACGAUCUGUACCAAAACGAAAUCGUCUUGACCAUUUUGCCAUCAUUAAAUAUCCAUUAACAACUGAAUCGGCAAUGAAAAAAAUUGAAGAUAAUAAUACAUUAGUAUUUAUUGUCAAUAUUCGUGCCAAUAAACCAUUAAUUAAACAAGCCGUCAAGAAAAUGUAUGAUGUUGAUGCCGAAAAAGUCAAUACACUUAUUCGACCGGAUGGGGAAAAGAAAGCCUAUGUUAGACUUAAAGCUGAUCAUGAUGCACUUGAUGUUGCUAAUCGAAUUGGCAUCAUUUAA